GCUCGAUUGAUUUGGAGUGCAGACAACAUGGCCUCGGACUGUCAGCCGUAAUAACUCUCUCUCUCUCUUGUUGUUUUCUGAUGAUCUUUCUGCUCAUUAGCUCUUAUUUAAAGCUUCCUAGACGACAUGGGGUUAACACAGAGUUCAGAAGUGUCCGAAGGAGGAACGUAUGGAUACCAUGUCCACGCAGUGCAGCCAAAUUCCCCUGCAGAUGUGGCCGGACUGCAGCCAUUCUUUGACUUCAUUCUGUCUCUGGACAACAAAAGACUUAAUGAGGAAAACGACAUGCUGAAGGAGCUCCUGAAAGCCAACGUGGAGAGAGCGGUGAGGAUGGAGGUGUACAGCACUAAAACCACGAGGGUCCGUGAGCUGGAGGUGAUGCCCAAUAACAUGUGGGGAGGACAGGGCCUGCUGGGUGCCAGUGUUCGCUUCUGCAGCUACCAAGGAGCCAACGAGAAUGUCUGGCAUGUACUGGACGUGGAGGCCAGUUCACCUGCUGCACUGGCACAGCUUGAGCCUCACAGUGACUACAUUGUCGGAGCAGAUCAAGUGUUGCAAGACUCAGAAGACUUCUUCUCGCUGAUUGAGGCCCAUGAAGGGAAGCCCCUGAAGCUGCUGGUGUACAACACAGAGACAGACAACUGCAGAGAGGUGGUGGUCACACCCAAUGGAGCGUGGGGCGGAGAGGGCAGUUUGGGUUGUGGCAUUGGUUACGGCUACUUGCACCGAAUCCCAGCACUUCCUGACGUAUCGCCGGCGAAGCCUCCCACCCCUGUUCCUGAGGAGGACCCCGCUCCAGAGCUGCCUACCCCUACCCAUGGGUUCACAGAGGCACCUUUGAUGGCACCGUCAAGUCAAAGUGAAGAUGUGUUAGACCUGGAGCAGCUGACCCUCCAGGAAGAUCCUCUACCUCCACCCAUCCAGAGGGUCAUGGACCCUGGUUUCACAGACUCUGAAGUGGCGGCGAUGAACCCCGAACCUGCAGAUUUGGCAGACAGACUGGAUCUGUCCGUGUCGUCCAUCGACAUGACCAACACCUCACUGGCUAUGCACGAGGAGAAGGACGGUGAAGUCUCUGGAGUUGAGGAGCUGGAGGACAGCGUGCUGCUUUCGUCGUCAGCUGACAGCCAGGCGGACCCACAAGAGCUGAGCUACCAGGCCGCCGCCGACCUCACCUCUGCUCUCGCUUCCAAUGACACUUCGUCAGAUUCAGGCGUCCCACCGGCUGAACCAUCUCACCUGGUCGCAGAGUCCACAGACCUACCCGGCUCUCCGUGUGAACCUAGCGUUAGCCCAAGUCCCCCUAUAGAGUCCCUAGAUCCUCCUGCUGCUGAGCCCUCUGUCCCAGCCGAAGACCCUCCCUGCCCGUCUCCCAUUGAUCUCCUCCAAUCCUCUGAUGCUGCUGUUGAUGAGUCGAUGGCUGACGAUUCUCCUGCUCAGGCCGUCGAGGAUGAGCCAGCGGAGGAGCCUGCACAGCCUCUAGAUGUGGCUCCAGCUCACCACUGCAGCCACGAGAGUGACGAGGAAGAACCAGAAGAACCAGAAGAACCAGAAGAACCAGAAGAACCAGAAGAAGAGGAGCCUCUUGAGUAAGCUUGCACCAGAACGUACAAAAAACACGAAGUGAAGUUGACAAUCACUGGGGCUUUUUACACUGUAUAGGAAAUACAGGACAGACGGAGGGAAAAGCUGUCUUACAAUAAGCGUUUGGCUACUUCAUCAAGUUAGUUACACUACAGAAUCCAGCUAAAGCGUUAGCAUAUAUAUAGAAAAAUACUUAGAGGCACUGUAGGAAUAUCGUAUUUGUUUUAUAUUUGUGGGAAAACGUGGGAAUUUUAAGUUACUGCUAACUUGUAUACCAACAAGGUUACAUUUUUAUCCAUGCUUGGUUCAAAAAUCUGAUUAUACGGGUGACAAGAUUUUGCUUCUAGUACACUAAUGUGAUGAAUACUUGAACAUUUCCAAAGACAAACGCAUGCAUUUAUUACAGCGAAGCACAGCUGCACCUUAAUAUUCAUAACACUAUCCAAGUUUUUGAAGCUACCAGACUGUUGGCAGCUCAGAUUGAGUCGUCACAGUGCUGUGGUGCAUUUUGAUUCCCAAAAUAGAACUUUUAAAAAAAUUGCUUGCUUAUAAGAGGGACACUUUUACAGUAGUUUAUGGCCCAUUGGAUUUUUAAGUGUUGGUAUGAGGGAAAUAUUUGUAUACUAGUCCGUACACGUUUUUAGUCCACAUUUGAUGAGGUCAGUUUGUUUUAAACAGUGUCUUUAAUGUGAUUAAAUCAGACACGCAGUCUGUGAUCUGUUUGAAAACUAUUUUUACGAUUUGUAUCACUGGAAUCAUGCCCCCAUGUCUCAUUCAACACUAUUCUUACUUUGUAAUUUUUUUUUGUGAUCUAUGCAACAGUAGACAAGUAUGUUAAGAAGUCUGGUUAACAGUGACGCUGCCGUUGAGUAAUUGUUUUCUGUCUUUCUAGGGGGCUUCUUAAAAGUUUUUCACUGUCAGAGUAGGUGCUAGCGUGUAAAAUAAGGAAAAGUAUUUUUUCAGAUAUUUUAUCAAUUAAUUGUAUGUUUUAUUAGGAAUGAGUGAGUCUUUUGAUGAAUGUGAAAUGGGUGAAUCUUUCAUGGUUAAACAAUCAUAUCACUUGACUUUAAAAAAAA